AGUCUUCAAGUUGAACGGCAACAAUGGUCAGUCGCCAGAAACCCAGCAUACGGUAAAGUGCGUUGCUCGAAAGUGCAGUGUUAGCAGCCGUUUUUGAAUGAAAAGUGCCCGAAAAUGGUGUGAUUUUCGCGAGCUGCGGCGUCCAGGGAUGAAGAAGAGGCGAGCUGGAAAUAGUGGUUGACCCAGACCUUCCGUGCCCUUAUCGAAAAACGACCAAUGUCACCGACGACCCAGACUGACGUCACCAGUUGAUGUUAGGCGCAAGUCUUCAUUGAUACCAGUUGCUAAGCAAGGACCCCAACAUGCUGUGCAAAUCCAAAGGAGGCGGCGGCCGCUUCAUCACCAAAAUCCUGAUCCAGCUGAUGGCCAUCGGAAUCAUCAUCUUCACGAUAGUCCAAUUCCGCCCCAUCAAACUCGACAUGAGCGUCCCUCACCUGAAUAGCCGCUUUCUCCUCCAGAAGCGCCUGGACCCACUAACACGUCACGCCGACUCCACCACCGAAACCAACGACCUCGAACCCUUCGUCGACAAGAGCCCCUCUCUCUCCGAAGACAAGUUAGUCGAAGACAUCCAAAAAAGAAUGCCCAAUUUGCCCAUCGUGUACUGGAACAAAAACAAGAACAAACCCAUGGGAAUGAACAACACGUGCGCCCGAUUCCCCAGCAUGUUCGACCUGGAGUUCAACAAUCUGUACUGGCAGACGUUGAGGACUUCCAACGGGACUUUUCAGCUGUUCGGAGCGUACUUGGAUAAAAGGGCGAAUAAUAGGUUGGGGCCCACGGUGCGGAUUUUGGGGAUGAUAGAUAGGAUAGAGCCGACGGUGGUGACGCAUUGCCAGUUUUGGUUCGACGGGAAGAAGGAGCCUGUGAUUACCAAGUCUUUCGAGUAUAAGUAUAUUUGGUACAAGAAGUGGGGGAAUUACAAGCAGGGGAUCUAUCAGCCGUAUUUAACGGCCUGCGUGAUUCCUCCGCAGUAUAAGGAGAAGAUUCCCCAGUCGAUUUCUUUAGUGGAGAAGGCUUGUGAUAACGCUACUACGAAUCUACGGGUGAUCUUUGAAAAGCCAGCGGAGAAGAAAGACUUUGCUGUGUGUGUUAAAGGGUUGGAUUUUCUUCACGAGGACUUGUCCGUUCGGUUGAUUGAGUGGAUAGAGCUUUUGAACCUUUUGGGUGCCGACAAGGUAUUCUUCUAUGAGUUGCAAGUGCACCCUAACAUUAGUAAGGUACUGAAACAUUACGAACAAGAAGGGAAGGUUCACGUGACCCCGAUAAACUUAGCGGGUGGGCAACCCAAUGCCCCUUCCUUCCAACACCUCUACCUUACUAAGAAAACUAACCAUAAAAGACAGAAUGAGUUGAUCCCUUACAAUGACUGUUUCUACAAACAUAUGUACCACUACAAGUACAUAGCUCUUUUGGACAUUGAUGAAGUAAUCAUGCCUCUUGAAGGUACGACUUGGAAAGAGCUCAUGGAAAAGGUACUACCUAAAGCUUUGAAAAUCAAUAAAGAAGAAAGAGCGUCUUAUAACGUCCGCAAUGUGUACUUUUUAGACGAUUUGUUGCACAACCACGGCUGGUUCAAAGAAAUCCCUAAGUACAUGCACAUGCUUCAGCACGUAUAUAGAGCUAAGAACUUCACCAAACCCGGCCAAUACGUCAAGUGUUUCCACAAUACUGAGAAAGUGUUAACUUUGCAUAAUCAUUUCCCUCUUUCGUGUCUUGGUAGCGGUUGCACUUCCUACCCUAUAGACACUACCGAUGCACAACUGCACCAUUAUCGCGCCGACUGUGUUAAAACAUUAAAGAAGAGCUGUGAAGAGUAUAGGAAAACUAGUGUAAUGGAUACGACUAUUUGGAAGUUUAAGGAACCUUUAAUAAGUCGUGUGACGAAUACUUUAAGGACUUUAGGCUAUUUCGCCAACCAAGAAAGCAAAGAGAACAAACGAUGAUCGUGAUUUCGUGCUCAAGCUUAUUCAAGUUCCUUACGUACGAGAGGACCAUUGAAAAAUUGUGAUAAAUUGUUGAAUGCCAUGGUUUUGCUCAAUUCUGGUUGCGACUUGGUAGGUGUUUAGGUACUCACGGUCUCUCAUUGUAAAUAGUUUAUGGUAAUCGAGUUUUUCCAUUACAUAAUGUGCCUUUAGGUUUAAGUGAGGCUAGUUUAGGUUAUUUAUUCUAUGUAAGUAAUUUAUCAACACUCUGAUAUUUAAAAUAAUAAACGAUUCGUAUAACUGUG